AUGGUUCGAUACGCGGCGACAGAGAUCAGUGCCAACAAAUCGGCGAGGGCCAGAGGAGCAUACCUCAGAGUGUCAUUCAAGAACACCCGCGAGACUGCGCAAGCCAUCAACGGAUGGAAGCUCCAGCGCGCAAUCAAGUUCCUUGAGAACGUCCAAGAGCACAAGGAGGCUGUCCCCAUGAGACGUUAUGCUGGUGGAACUGGAAGAGCGGCACAAGGCGAGUUCUUUGCUUGCGAUAUGAGAUGGCCAGUCAAGUCUGCCGAGUUCCUCCUCGGACUCCUCAAGAACGCCGAAGCCAACGCAGAUACCAAGGGUCUUGAUACCGGCAACCUGAUCGUCAAGCACAUCCAAGUCAACCAAGCACCCAAGCAACGCCGACGAACAUACCGUGCCCAUGGUCGUAUCAACCCAUACAUGUCCAACCCAUGCCACAUCGAAUUGAUCUUGACUGAGGGCGAGGAGGUUGUACAGAAGUCGGAGGCUGUUGUUGGUCGUGAGGAUGCUCACCUGAGCUCGAGACAGCGUGGUGCUCGUCAACGUCGUGCUAUCACUGCUGCAUAG